CUGCAUCACCUCAGUAAGCUCCGAGGCGCCAUUGCUCCCAACGCACUCCUCGCACCUUACACACAGGCAGAAGGCGCUGAAGGAGAUAGUUAACAAAUAAGUGUCAGCCCUCUUUCGCCUCUUUUCGUGUCCCUUCAUCCCAGUAGCGAAGGAACCACAGCGACAAUGACUCAAAGUGUGAUGAUUCGUGGUCGGUACGUGCCCACCAACAGACCCUUGGGCUUGGUGGCCGCUGCAGUCGUCAUGGGUAUUGUCUCCGGCAUUAACCUGGGCAUCGGCGUCAACACCUACUGCUUCUCCUACGACAGCUAUUGCGAUUACCGCAAGAAGGCGUACAUCAUCUCAGGCUCCUGCUUCGCCGCGUCUUCAUUCUUCUUCCUGAUUGGCGCCAUAUCACUGCACCUCAAGAUCAAGCAUGCACUUAAGAGGAACGCCGAGGUAUUGGCUCAGCAAGGCGCCCCACCCGUUCUCCAAACCACUGACGCUUACCCGACGGUGGUGGUAGCGACUCAGUACCCGGCCACCCCGUCCUACAACCCUGCGCCAGUCGGGUUUGUGGUCAACCAGCAGGUCCCGCCCAUCGACCAGGAGCAGCGGCCGCCCCCUUACGCCCCUUAAUGACACCUGGGGAAGGAUCAAUAACUCAAAUAUUUGUGUGAUGUUAUGUCAGGUAAUUAUGUCAACCUACUUUGUCAGCCAACUUUUCUCAGCCAACCAGGUCAGCCAAGUUAUGUCAGCUAACUCCAGACGCCUUCAAGAUGAGACACUGGACAUUGACGGAAUUUUUAAUGAGGGAAAAAAAGUGACAGCUGGUAAAGUUUCAUUCCUACUUGAAAUUUUGCUGUAUUUUUCUUCUUCUGUGAUCGCAGUCAAAAAAUGUCACUGUUGUUAUUGUAUAUGCUUUUUUUCAGGAUUUGAUAAGUGUAAAAACUAUAUCGGUAGUUAAGUCAUUUUAUAUCACGUACCAUCCUGACCACACCUGCCCUCCCACACCUGCCCUGUCGGACCUACUUCAUCUCAUGUCUCACUACACCUGUCUUACUACACCUGCCCUAAUCUACCACACCUGUAUCCCUCACCUUCCUUAGCUGUGGGUUGUUACUUUUUCUAAUGGGUGUUACUACUACUACGACACACACACACACACACACACACACACACACACACACACACACACACACACACACAAAACUUAAUUCCGUUCUUGGUGCUCCCUAUAAAUUAUUCAAUAAAUUUAUUAAACCAAA